AUGUCGAGAAGGAAACCUGUUGCGAGUGCAAAAGGUGCUAUCCCACUAUCUUCUAGGUCUAAAGAUGACAAUAAUAACUUUGAGGCUUUAAAACUGUACGAGAAUAAAAGUUACAAGAAAUCAUUGAAGAUCUUAGACGCUAUUUUGAAGAAAAAUCCAUCUCAUGUAGAUUCAUUGGCUUUAAAAGGUUUGAAUUUGGUAUUCCUUGGUCAAAAGGAAGAUGCUGAAACGUAUAUCAAAAAGGCGUUAUCAAAAAUCCAAGGAACAACGGCUUCUCCAAUUUGCUGUCAUGUGCUUGGGAUUUAUUUUAGACAGGUAAGAGAGUAUGCUAAGUCCAUUCACUGGUUUGAAGCUUCUAUUGAAAAUGGCUCUACCAACAAGCAAUUGUACCGUGAUAUAUCUAGUUUGCAGUCCCAAGUGCGCGACUAUCCAAACCUUCUAAUCUCUAGAAAGCUAUAUUGGGAAAGCUUUAUGGGCUAUCGUGCAAACUGGACUGCUUUGGCAGUUGCAUAUGAUCUGAAUGGUCAGUUUCAAGAAGGUGUUAAACUUCUCACACAAUUCGAGGAACUUGCCAAGGGAAAAUUGACUGACGCGGAAGCCUAUGAACAUAAUGAAUGCUUGAUGUACAAGAACGAUUUGAUGUAUAAAGCUGCAGGGGAUUCAAAAGAAAAAUUGAAUACCGUUUUACAAAAUUUAGAUGAAAUUGAAUCUGAAGUAUUCGAUAAAUAUGCAUUGUUGGAGAGAAGAGCUGCGGUUUACAUGAAGCUUGGAAUGAAUAACGAUGCAUCCAAAGUCUACAGAAUGCUUAUCAAAAGAAAUCCAGACAACUUCCAGUACUACAGAAUGUUGGAGAUUGCGCUGGGUGUUCAAGGAAAUACUGCAAUUAGAAAGGCCUUGUAUAAAAAAUUAGCCACCUACUACCCAAGAGCAGAUCCACCUCAGUACCUUCCUUUGACUUUUGUGAAAAUAUCUGAGGAACUUGAACCAAUAUUCGAAAAAUAUGUUGUUUCGCAAUUAGGACGUGGGGUACCAGCAGCCUUUUGUAAUGUGAAGCCUUUAUACAAAACACGUGGUGAUGAAUUUGUUGAAAUGGCUGAGAAGGUCGUCCUGAAGUAUUAUGGAACUUUAGAUCCUAAAGCUUCACCCAUUCCUUAUGUUUGGACAACGUACUAUUUGGCUCAACAUUAUCUAUAUGUGAAGAAUUUCAUGAAGGCAAAGCAAUUCGUUGAAACGGCCAUCGAACACACUCCAACUCUGGUUGAGCUUUACAUAUUGAAGGGACGUAUACUGAAACACUUGGGAUUGUUAGAAGAAGCUGCUUUGAUUGUUGAAGACGGUAGAAAACUGGAUUUACAGGAUAGAUUUGUCAAUGUUAAGGCUGCUAAGUACUUUUUCAGAGCUAAUAUGAUCGAUAAGGGCGUUGAAGUGGCAUCUUUGUUCACCAAAAAUGAAAAAGACUACAAUGGUGUUAAAGAUCUUCACUUAAUGGAGGCCUCUUGGUUUAUUUUUGGACAAGCUGAAGCUUACUAUCGGUUGUAUAUUGAGAAUAAGAAGAAACUGGAUGAACUUAAAUCACGCCCUCCAACUACGGAUGGGACUGAAGAUGAAACUGAUGAAUCAGAAUUGAAAGAGUUAGAGUACCAAAUCAAGAAGUGUAAAGGUUUGGCUUUGAAGAGAUUCCAAGCCAUCUCUAAGAUUUACAAACAGUUCGAAGAAGAUAAAAUGGAUUUCCACUCAUAUUGCAUGAGAAAAGGAACUCCAAGAGCAUACAUGGAAAUGUUGGCUUGGGGAGAUAAAAUUUACACGAAACCAAUGUUUGUGAGAGCUCUAUAUGGUGCAGCGAAGCUAUAUUUUUCAAUGCAUGACGAUUUGGAAGCAAAACAAAGUGCUUCAGAGGUAGACACAGCUAACAUUAAAAAGAGCAAUAAAAAGGCAAAGAAACUCGCUGCUGCAUUUAAUAAAAGAAAGGAGACUGAAAAGCAACAGGUCAUAGCAUAUGCUGAUGAUGAAGAUGUUUUUGGUGAAACACUAAUGUCAAGCAAGACUCCUCUAGACGAUUUCAACACGUCAUUCUAUUCUCUUUACAGAGGUCAAAUGACGGAUAAUGAAUGUGACCACUGGCUGGAUUUCCAAUAUCAUUUAAGAACUGGGAAGCUAGCUUUGUGUUUUAAGGCAUUGUCAAAGUAUGCUUCCUUACAUGGUGAAAAGUCUGGUAUGGUCGGUGCCAUGAUCUUAAUUCUAUUAGAUGUUACUAGAGAAGAUACCAAAUAUGAAGAAAUUGCCAAAAAGGUUGCCGUGAAAGGUAUUCAAACCAAAUUCAAUAACGUUCCUAUUGAUAAAGUUAUAGAUGAAAAUUUUGAUUGGAUGCAAUUCUUCAAAGAUGAAUUUAACUAUGAUCUGGAUGCAUUGUUAGCAUUACAUGGUAGUAAUUUAACAAUACUUUCUAAGUCCUCUGUGAAGGAAUUAAUUAUGGAAAAUCUGGCGGGUAUGGAGCCAUGUGAGCAAAACUAUAUUUUAAAAUAUGAGUUAUAG